CCGCCCCGCCGGGGCCGCCCCCGGCCGCGCCGGGCGCUUAAAGCCGGGCCCAGCCGAGCGAGCCGGGUUGAGCCGCAUCGCGCCGGUUAGGGCUGAGCAGCGCCAUGAUUUUCGAUCGCCUCAAACGCUUCUCGAUCGUGCUGGAGGGCACGGAGCAGGACGGCCCGGCCGCCUUCAGCCCCGGGCAGGCGGUGUCGGGCCGCGUGGUGCUGGAGCUGGCGGCGGCCGCGAGGCUCGGGGCGCUGCGGCUGCGGGCCAUGGGCGCUGCCCGCGUCCACUGGACCGAGUCCCGCAGCGCCGGCUCCAGCACCGCCUACACGCAGAGCUACAGCGACCAGGUGGAGUUUCUGAGCCACCGCGACACGCUGAUGGCACCCCCAGACAAUGGUGAGGCCACUGUCCUGCAGGCAGGAAGGCAUGAGUUCCCCUUCACCUUCCAGCUCCCCGAGACCCUGGCCACCUCCUUUGAGGGGAAGCACGGCAGUGUGCGCUACUGGGUGAAGGCCAAGCUGCACAGACCCUGGUCAACAGUGAAGAAAGCAAAGAAGGAGUUCACAGUGAUUGAACCCAUCGAUAUAAACACCCCUGCACUGCUGGCUCCCCAGGCAGGUGCUAAGGAGAAACUUGCUCGUGCCUGGUACUGCAACCGUGGCCAAGUAUCUGUGACUGCCAAGAUUGACCGAAAAGGCUACACCCCAGGUGAGGUCAUCCCCAUCUUUGCUGAGAUCGACAACUGCACGAGCCGUGCCGUGGUGCCCAAGGCAGCCAUAAUCCAGACCCAGACCUUCAUUGCCCGGGGCACCAAGAAGCAGAAGAAGUCAGUGGUGACCAGCAUCACUGGGGACCCCAUUCCAGCCGGGAAGAGGGAGGUGUGGCACGGAAGGGCGCUGAAGAUCCCGCCCGUGGGGCCGUCCAUCCUCCAGUGCCGCAUCAUCCAGGUGGAAUACUCCCUGAAGGUUUGUGUGGAUAUUCCUGGGACGUCCAAGCUGCUCCUUGAAUUGCCUCUUGUCAUCGGGACCAUCCCACUGCAUCCCUUCGGGAGCCGCACCUCCAGUGUCAGCAGCCAGUACAGCGUCAACCUGGACUGGCUCAGCACCAUCCCAGAGCAGCUGGAGGCCCCCCCUGAGUACUCGGCAGUCGUGUCCAGCCCAGAGGCCGAGCAGAGCCUGGCUCCUCCGUGCCGCAGUGAACUCGGGGAUAUCCUGGAGGGUCCCUUCUUUGCCUACAUCCAGGAAUUCCGCUUCCGACCACCUCCACUGUAUUCUGAGGUGAUGAAUCCCUCCGGGUUGGGAGGCUGGUGGAGUCUGGGAUGUGCCUCUGCAAAAACAGAGGUUUUUGACUCUGGACUUGGCUCUACAGGUGGAUCCAAACCCCUCGUCAGACAACAUCCGCCCACGCUGCAUGACCUGCUGAUCCUGUGAACGCAUUGGCUGCGUGUGACAGCGUGACAAUCCCUGGGGAUGGCAGCUUGCACCCUCACAGCACUUGGGUCUGGAAACGGGGAUGUGAGACCCCGACCCCGCUCACCGCCCUCGGCCACUCCUGUCGUGACCGUGCCACGGGCCCAGGGCCAGCGCGGUGCCGUGGCCCCGGGCACGGUAGGAGAACACGAGGGGCUGGUGGUGUGGAGCGGCUCCGUGUGUGACUGGGCAGGACACAAAGGGUUCAGAACUGCCCCGGGAUUUUGGGGUCAGAAUGGGGAAUACGAGCCGAGAUUGUUCUCCCCUUGCCUGCAGUGCCAUGCUUCAAAAAUUCUGUCAGCUCCUGGUGUGGAAAACAGGAGCUCGAAGGCGUUUCUCAGGAUUACUGGAGACUGUUUGGAUGGUGCUCAGGGUUGGGCCCCGGGGCAGUGCAGGUGCAGCCCUUUGCCUGUGGCUCACCAGGACUGCAGGUCCCCCAGGCAGUGAAAAGUCCUUUUCUGGCUGGAUGAAGUAGAGGGCUCAGCCACUGCUGAUAAUCUUUGCCACAAGCCUGUGGGUACCUGCGGGGGGAAUGGUUUGAGUCACUUAACCAAACUCUAAAGGCCUCCAAGGGCUGAUACAAGGACUUGGUGGGUGAAUUUAUGACCUGUGGCAGUGUUUUGGUGCUAUUUACUAAGAAGAGCUGGUUCAUGAGUGUCAGCA